AUGACAUUGAGGUUUGAGGCUUCCUGUCCUGAUGGCCUGUGUCCAGGCUGGAGCAUUAUACUGAAAGGAGAGACACCUUCAGAAGCCAACAAAUUUGAGAUCAAUUUUCUUUGUGAUCGAGAUGACAGAAUAGCUUUCCACUUCAACCCACGCUUCACUGAGUCUGACAUCAUUUGCAACUCCUACAUGUCAAACCGCUGGGGACAAGAGGAGAGAUGCAACAACUUCCCUUUUGGGACAGAGGAACCCUUCCAGAUUGAAAUUUACUCCGAUAACGACCAUUUCCACGUUUACAUAGAUGACACCAAGAUUAUGCAGUACAAGCAUCGCGUGGAAGACCUGAAGACCAUCACCAAAGUUCAAGUGGUGAAUGACGUGAACAUCUCCUCUUUAGAGAUCACCAAGAAGCAUUUUUACUGA